AUGGAGAACACCUCAGCUAAACAUCAGCAUUGGCAAGUGAAGCUUCCUAGUAGCUACUGGAUGUUUAAUAUGCCAUGGUUGGACUCCAGCCUGUCUGAAACUCUGUUACCAGAAAAAGCAUGGCAAAAGGUUUAUGAAGAAGUAAGUUCUGCUCUUGCUCUGGAGGUAGAGGUUCAUCUGCAAGAGCCUUAUCAAAGACAGAUGAUUUUCGAGUUUUUGGGCAAACAUUUUGUUCAGAAAUACUUCAGUACCUAUCCUAACAGACCUAGUCUACUGACUGUUCCACACAUGAGUACAAGGGAAAUGGAGAAUUUGAAGGAGUCAACUGCUACUUUGCUAAAAGAACAGUGUGAUAAAGUGACGAAACACAAUCAUUACCACUGGCAAUCAGGUGAUGAAUAUAAAAGGCUGAGCCUGGAGAUGAUGCAGUUCAUUAAAGAUACUUUUGAUACAGUGUUGGAAGAAAUGAACUGGGUUUUGUCUAAAUAUGAAGCACAGCAAAAUGACAUUGAAUCAAGAACAGCCACUUUCAGGAAUGUAUACAUGGAAAGAAGAGCAAAAUUUGUGGAUAGUCACAAAGUGCAUCUGACUAAUGGCCAAGGAGGUACAUAUCACACGAGUGACAAAGAUGGCAACAUUAUUGUGCCUGAGUUAAGGCCUCCUCCACUGAACUGUCCAGAAAGUGAUAUACUGGGAGAAUCAUUGUGUGCUAUAUUAGCAUCAGAUCCUGAACGUUUGUCAUCUGUAUGUGAGCGUCUUAAAGGAAAGCUGCUCCCGAAAGCACUCAGGCAUUUUAUUUGGAAUGAUAAACUUUUAACAGCUAACAAAAACUUUCAAAAGAUUGAUACAAUUGGAAAUAUUGAAAAAAGUGCCAGAAAGUCUUUUGGACAAGUUGUGGCCCGCAAAGCGACUGAAAUGAAACUCAGAAGUGCCACGCAUUCAACUAUCUCAAACCUAGUGCAAAAUGUUGUGGUAGAGGAAUAUGAGAAGACACCUUGCAUGCAAGUGUUUACUUCAGAUGAACUCAUGAUUUCUGAAACCUGCAAAGCCUUAAACAUCCUUUAUGUAUUUAAUGGGACAUAUGAACCGUAUCUAAUUCACUUGCUUUUUCCACUACAAGUUGCAUUUCGAAAGAUGCCACCUGCAGCAACUCCUCACAGAAAAGUUCAGCUAGAGUUUGAAAACAGUUCAGAUGUUUGUAGUAGCCGAGCCCUCCCAUAA